AUGAAUAGUGUGAGAGGACUCUUGGCUGCUUCUGUAAUUUCUAUCCAGAACUCCUGCUUCAUCUAUCCUGCCUGUCAAAGAUGCUUUUCUAGGCUGGUACUGAAUUCUAGGAGAUUUAACUGUCUAAAAUGUGGCUGCACGGGUAAAGCGAAGGAUGCAAGCUACAGAUACAGAUUGUCCCUGAAGAUUGCUGACACUACUGAUUUGUUUGAUGUUACCGUGUUUGGAAGUUGCCUGGAUCCAUUCUUUGGGGUCACCGCAGAAAAUCUGCAGAGGUAUAUUCAAGACUUCAAUCAGCUGUCAGGAGAAACAAGCCCUGAUGCAUCUCCAGGAGUGUUAGUUCAAGCAGUGGAAUCGUGUUUCAUUGGAAAAAGAUUUAUAUUUGGAGUGGAGGGUUGUGCAAGGGAAGAUGAAUGGCAUUCUGCUGCCAGCAGUAUCUUCCAAAACUGUUCCAGAAUUAACAGAAGUACAAAAAAACUUACAGCUUGCCAGAUCUUCCUGCCAAAUGCUGCUGUCAGUGGCUUUACUGUUAUCAACUACUUCCAUCGGCUUCUGCAGUUGGCAAAAUCCAGGAGCUGUAAUAACAGCUCAUACUUACCUGAUGCAUCUGGAGCUCCAAUAGAUGAGCCUGUCAGUGAGCUCAGCAGCUUGUCUAGCCUGAGCAGAAACUCCUGCUCUGUUUGGUCUAGUGGCAGAGAAAGUUUUUUAGGGUCCUGGCAGCAGUCCUUCAGCCUGACUUCAUCUGUUGCUUGGGUAACAGCAGAAGACUUUCCCACUCUAGAAGUGGGAAAGCUUCUGAGUGAACAGCAUGAGCAAGAGGGGAAGCCUGUCUCUGCAGAGUCAUGCAGUGUGAGCCUCAACAAUCAGACUCUUUGGGAUUCACAAUUUUCCACCUCUUCUAUGAAGGAAGGGGAUAAAGAGGAGGACAAUGACUUGAGUUCACAGUCUGACAGUGGCUCUGCAACUGCUAAAUUAGAGACAGUAUCCUCUUCAAAGACUGAGUGUUCACAUGGGAACAAUUCCAGCUUGUUGCAACAUCCUGUGGAAUCUGGGGUAAGAAGCAUUUACGCAAAGACUAAUAGUAGAAAUUAUUCUUACCCAGAAAAAUCUCACAGCUCCCUUUUUUACAGGAGAGAUGUCUCAGCAUCUCAUCACACAAAUGUAGCUGGAGUGUCUCGCAUGGACUCUAUGCUUUGGGAUGAUCUCCCAUUCUCAGAAAGCCUAAAUGAGUUUUUAGCCAAAAUAGAAGGUGGCAAGAGUGUUGUAACAUCACCCAGCCUUGAUGUAGGCAAGCAGGCCUUUCCUGAAAGUAGCAAGUUGGGUAUAAAUCUUGACAAAUCAUAUCACAGGCAAGCGGUGGUAGCUGGUGAUUUGCCUGGAGCAAACGUCUCAGGGAGGUUCUUGCCAACAGUAGGAAAUGAUAGUUGGGAGAACAUGUUGUUUGCUUGUUUUCAGUCAAAUGCAAAUCCUCCCCCAGUGUCACAACGUGAGUCUUUCUCUAAUAUUCUGUCUUCAGCUGACAAGGAAUGCGAAACAUCUUGCUUUAUACCUAACCUUCAUCUACCUAGUCUGUCACAGUCCUUGCCAGCUGCAUCAGAGCAUUCUGUUUCUGAGAGCAGAUACGUGCAGUCCAAAGAAGCAAAUAUUGACAUUUCAAAGUCAGCUUGGUCUUUUAUUAGUCUGCAGAGCACUGCUGAACAUGGAGACACCUCCUGUUUAAAAAGGAGCAAGGCAGCUACCUGCGUGCAUUCUGCAUGUGGUCGCUGUUUAGCUGGUUGUGAAAAUAAAGAAAAUCUGUAUUCUACACCAAGCCAAAGAACAGAUCUUAGAUGUACAGGUGUGUGGGACUCUGAUCCAGCAACUCCCAACAAUACCAGACAGACAGAUAAAAGAGAAUUAAAACCACUGACAGAACUGCCAGAAAAUACCUUCAGAAGUGUUAGCGGGAGAGAGAUGCCGUGGAACAGUAUCUUCCCUGAAGGCAGCUACAAUGCUUCUGCUGAUCUCUUUGAUGCAAGUGCAAAAGAGGUAGCAAAACCUGUAGAAUUCUUAAAUAAAUUGUGUAAUUCUGUAAUAGAGGAAGAUACUUUGACAGAAAAGGUCACAGCCUCUGAGUUGGUGCUUUGUCCUGGAGACGUUCCCUCUAACAGUUCCAAAUCAAGUUCAUCCCUACACAGGUCCCCUCCUGAUUUUAGCAAGCACAGUACUCCACUGACUUAUUACUCCUUCUGUGAUUCAGAAUGCAGUUCAGUGAGUGCUCAAGACUUUGUUCCGUAUUCACAGUCGACUCCUAUGACAAAACCUUUCCAGAAGCUGUGGCCUUUUGGGGAGAGAAGCUCUUCUGCCACUAUCGUCACCCCUAAAAAUCCCACUAAAUCCCACUCCAAAGGCAAGCGAUGCAGAUCUUCUGUUCAGAACACUCUGUUGCAGCAGCUUAGUGGCCGGUUAGUGAAACGUGGAAGGCCAAGUAACAGGGGAGACAGAGAAGGUUACAGCUUGGAGGAGUGGGUCACACCAUCUCCAAGCAAAAGGUUGAAACCAACCGCAUCUUCAAACUUCAAAACAGUUUGCUGGGCUAUGGACUUGCAGUCGACCUGUGGGCACGCUGGCAGGAGCCCUGCUGCUGGAAGCAAAAAGAACAGUGAAAGUGAUGUUUGCUUCCAAAAUGAGAGAUUAAACUCUGGGGGUACAGCCAGGACUCAAACAACUCCUGUAGCUGCAGGUGUCACCAAGGCCACCUUGGUCUUAAGCGAUACAGUCCUGGAAACUUGUUCCCCUUCAGAAGGCAAGGAUCUCUCAAGUGCAAAUAAUUCAGCAGGUGUAUUGGAAGGGGCAACUGGCUGGUCUCCUGAGUUGUUCUUCCAUGCACAGACUCCUUUUUUCCAAUAA